AUGGCAAGUGAAUCACAAAUUAUUUCUGGUGAAGCUAUUAUCGAUAACAGCUGGUUCGAUGAUCUAACAUGGUUAUCCACGAUAGAUUAUACUUCAAUUAAUGACUUAUUAUGGACAUCCGAUAGUACACGUAAUAGUAACGAUAUGGAACCUGCAUCUAUACUCGAUUCAUUAUUAUCGUCAUUAUCAUCAUUAGUCAUAGACAGUCAACCAAUACCCAUUGCCAAUUGA